UUUUGGAGUUAAUCUAACACCUUUUUCUCGGUACAGACCAUUGUAUUCUUAGACUUGAUAGCUUGUUCUUGUCACCUUUGCCAAAGGAGCAGGUGUCUUGGUUCCAUUUACAAGACCAAUUUUAUGGUUUCCCAUAUUAGAAAAAAGAAAGAGUCUACGUUAAUUGAAUACUAAGCGCGAACUUAUGACUACUCGGCUCGAAUAAUAAAGGUCGGUGUUUACUGUAUAAUUUGGCCACUUCUGUAUUUUUUCCCGAUGACAAUGUCUGAACUUGCAUAAUGUAAUAUUCCCGAUGCCUCCCUACCAUCUAUCAGGCGAAUCGUAGGAAGAUAGUCUGUGAUCUUAUAAACAAAAUUCGCGUGAGUACCAUUCUGCUCUCUUGGAUUAAAAUGCUUUACCUGGAAAAUAACAGAGUAGCGGAUGCUCUCCGUACAAUUACGAAAUUGAUUUCCAUUUGAGAUGGAAUCAAGCCGGAGUGGCGAUCGCCCAUUCCUCCAUGAGAUUCAUUGACAGACAGGCGGACGUUUCUACCUCCAUCAUCCGGACUCACUUUAUGUCCUUAUUAAGUUUCCUUGAUGACACUGACGAUGUCUGUCGAGAGCCCGGACUCUGGAAAGUACGUGGUAUACACAGUAACAUCAGACGAAAGCAGCACGGAUUUGGAGGACGGAGGGCAUGUCAAUUUCAAAGACACCGAAAUGGAUUCCCUAAACAGUAAACCCUCGCCCUCUCGUCGACCACUCAGGUCCUUCUCGUCCGAUUCCUCAAAAUGGAGCGCAUACUGGUCCACUAGAGAAAAAUGUUGCUGUUUGUGGAAUGUUGCUUUCGUGUUGGCGACCUCUGUUUUGAUUUUUGUUGUGGUCUACAUAACCAAAAAUGGCGCUAACAAUGGCUCACCGGACGCAAACUACACUUGGAACCCCUCGGGUACUUAUUUUGUCAGCACGAUGACUCCAGUGGGUCCGGAGUCAGAUAUAAGCAAGAUCUGCUACACUCCUGACUGUGUUCGCUUAUCCGCAGAAGUUCGCUCGCGGAUGAAUACAAGUGCCAAUCCGUGUGAGGAUUUUUACGAGUAUGCUUGCGGGGGAUACCAGGCACCACUGACUUGGACGACCCCCAGGGUUCGGGAGGUGCCAGAUGCAGUCACACAGUACUACAGGUCUAAGAUUAUCGAUAAGUUAUCAGCUACGGUCAAACGGUUUGAUGCAAACGAUGUAAAGCUAGCCAAGAGAGCAUUUCAAUCCUGUGUCACGGCACCAGAAAGAAAUAUACAGCAUCACUUUGAAGAUUUGGUCAACAGUUUCGAAAGAGACCAACCCGAUGGUAAUCUAGGACCCAGUCAUUCGUUGACCAAGCUUUUAGCCCAUGCUGUAAAAUACUACGGGGUUUCACCUCUUUUCAAAGUCAUACGGUUGGAAAAAGACAAAUUUGCCAUUAUAAACAGAUUUUCAGAUCAAAGAAUUUCGGACCUUUCCAAAGGUGAUCACAAGAUAUCAUCCUUCCGACAUCUGUCACCACUGGACUUUUAUUAUCUGACGCCGCAAGAUGCGAAAAUCAUUGCUUACAGAAACUACGUUAGAAAUAUCGUUAAGCUUGUGUUUGGCAACGGUACGAGUAGCUUCGCUGUCGCUUAUUUACGGCUAACAGUAAAUGACGUGUUGGACUUCGAAAUGCGCCUCAAUCAGGCCAUGUUUGCACCUUCUGCAGUGAGUACCCUUAAUAACAUCUUAAACUGCACUCAGAAAUAUACAAUCGGCGAACUUACACGAUCUUAUUCCGGAUAUAAGAUCGACUGGAGGACAUUUUUCACCAUUCUUUUAGAUAGAAACGUAUCGGACAAUUUUGAAAUUUGCUAUUCGGAUAUUUCCUACGACGUCACGGAUAUUCUGUACGACACACAAAUAAACAUAAUAAAGAAUUUCGUAAAACUCCAUAUCAUAUUAAACUCGGACAUACUUUUGGCGCACCGGAUACUACUCGAUCCAUUCAGGGACGAUAAUUCAAUUCAUGGGAGGAGUUUAACAAAAGAAUCCAAAUGUUUUGCGUGUUUGCAAAAUAUUUUACCGCUAAGCACCAUAUUCAAAUCUCAAGAAGAUGUGUUCUUCAGCAGAAAUUCUUCUAUGGCUUUUUCGGAACUGAAGAAGUCUUUGAUCAAAAUUAUUGACAAUAUGUACUGGAUACCAUUCAGGCAGAGACGAGCAUUAAUUGCUUACGCCAACGAAGCUGGCAUUUUAUUCAAGACAGACUCUAGAUAUAAUAUUUAUGGGGAUACUGUGUAUUCCGCACUCUUGAAUAACACGGACUUUUACCCAAUCGUCUUUGGUGCUAUUAGACAGAAAUAUCGAUACCAAAUGGAUGGCUAUAUUAUUUCUCCAUUAUUCAUGAAUACAAUCUCCGAUUUUAACGAUUGGAAACAAAACAUCAUUAUUUCACCGAUUGCAAACAGGAGCCCUGUGUUUUACCAUUUUGCAUCCAAUGCUCUUCUCUUUGGGUCAACGGGGGCUUUUAUUGCUCAGAUUCUCGCCAGAGUAUUUGAUAUUGAUGUUAUUCUUUCCCAUUACCUAAAUGGCAUCAUUGAGCAGGAAGUCGUCUUUACCUUCGCUCAUCAUUUUCAAUGUCUCGUUGAAACGUUCACAAAAUACACCAUCACCGACGCAGGGGGAGCAGUGCAUCAGGUAAAUGGGGCUCUAACUAAAGGAGAAAAUUUUAGAGACACGUUGGCCUUACAAAUAGCAUACGAUGCCUUUCUGUCAAAUAUUAAUUGGAAAGACAAAUACAGCCUUCCUGCUCUGCCGCUCACAGAGAACCAAUUAUUCUUCGUUGCCUUAACUCAGACUUAUUGCGAAAGUAUAGGCCCAAGGGGUAUUGACCAUUUUUAUAUACAUGUAAACAAUGGGAAUACAAUGUCUUUACCAAGGAAUUUAAGAGUAAAAGGAAUGUUGUCCAAUUUUGGAAGCUUUUCAAAAGAUUUUAACUGCCCUGUUGGUGCCGCUAUGAACCCAGUUGACAAAUGUGUUAUGUUUUAAGUGCGCCAAAUUAUUUAUUACAGCCACUGCUCUUUGAGAAUGAAUAAAAAAUAUGUU